AUGGAUGGCUUGGGGGAGGACGGCCAGGGAUUUGAUGCGCCCAGAAUGAUGAAUCGGACACCGCAACUCUUCCACUAUGAUAACUCGCAAAUGCAGUCGGGCUCCAUGUAUGACGAUUCGUCAAUGGGCGCCGGCGACGAGACCAACGAUGCGAAGAGACGGAGGAUAGCGAGGGCGUGCGACAUGUGUCGGAAGAAAAAAAUCAAAUGUGAUGGAAAAAUGCCCAAAUGCUCACACUGCAUCAACUACAAGACAGAAUGCAUCUUCACGCAAGUGGAGAAGAAGCGGAAUCCUCCGAAAGGAGCGAAAUAUAUCGAAGGCCUCGAAAACCGAUUAGGGCGCAUGGAGUCGCUAUUGCGUUUGUCAGGUCUUUUGUCGGAGGACGAUGCCGGCAAGACAGAUCUCGGAACGUUAGAGAAACGGCUUGCGGAUCGAACGACUGCGUUGAAUGCAGCAAAAAGCUCGAACAAAUUCAUGGCCCAAGGAGCUCAAAUGGCCCAACAGGCUCCAAGCUCACACCACACCACACCUCGCAUGGACUCCCAUUCUAGCCCUCAAACAGCCGCCACAUCACCGGAAUCGCAGAAGUCUGAGACCGAAGUCGAGGCUCUAUCGGAUAUGAUGUGCUCCCUGGUGACAAACAACUGUGGGGAGACUCGCUAUAUCGGAUCUUCAUCUGGAUUUUCCAUAUUCUCCCCCAAAGGUAUUCAAUGGGUUAAUGAGAAAACAGGGGAUACCUCCUUCCAGGACAUGAUCUCGUCAGCAUACAUCGAUGACAACAAAUGGAUGUACUGGAAACCCGAGAUUUUUAGCGAUAUCUUCGCAAGACGUGUGUUUAAGCCUCUCCCACCAAAAGAUGAAGCUCUUUCUCUAUUCAAGGAUUUCUUUGAGAACUUUAAUUGCGUGUUCCCACUCUUCCACGAAGCCACAUUCAUGCAUCUGGUGGAGCGGCAAUACUCGCGCGAUCCCUACGAGGGCUCGGGCUGGUGGGCAAGCAUCAAUGUUGCACUGGCGAUCUCCCAUAGACUUCGGGUUAUGAGCAACUUAGUGCCACAUGAAGAAGACAAAAAAGCAUGGCUCUAUUUGAAGAACGCCAUGGGUGUUCUGACUGAGCUCACAAUGCGUAAUGCAGAUCUCCUGAGCGUGCAGGCGCUACUGGGCAUGUCACUUUUUCUCCAAGGAACCCCUAACCCACAGCCUGCUUUCUUCCUAGUCGCUGCGGCGAUUCGACUAUCCCACAGUAUCGGUCUACACAAGCGCGGCUCUGGGUUUGGUCUCAAUCCGGCUGAAGUCGAGCAACGAAAGAGAGUCUUCUGGAUCGCCUAUCUUCUUGACAAAGACCUUUGUCUACGCUCCGGUCGACCACCAGUACAAGAUGACGAUGACAUGAAUGUCGAUCUCCCAAGCGAAGAUCCGCCAGAUAAUGUUGGAAAUGUGCCGUUAUCUGACGGUAGAAGCAAGUUCAACUUAUUCCGGUCAUUGUGUGAAUUUGCCACCAUUGAAAGCAGAGUAUACAAGCGACUCUAUUCUGCCAAAGCAUCGAAACAAUCUGACGGUGAAUUGCUUAAUACGAUUGGCGAGCUUGAUAAGGAGCUGGAAGACUGGAAAGAAAGCAUUCCUAUUGACUUCCGGCCCGAAUAUGAAAUUCAAGCUACACACACUCCUCUCAUCAUUCACGUUGUCGUUCUCCAUUUCGCCUAUUACAAUUGCUUGACCACCAUCCAUCGCAUGUCAGUUCAUCAUGGUUAUUGGACUAGUCGUCUGUCAAACUAUGCCAUUCAGGGGUUGAAUGCACGACCAUUAAACCCCAGAGUGUUCCUGUCCGCAGUACUGUGUGUCACUGCUGCCAGGGCAUCGAUUAAUCUGAUCAAAUAUAUCCCACAAGGAGACUUUGCUUGUGUUUGGCUAAUUCUCUACUACCCGGUGUCUGCUCUUGUAACUCUUUUCGCCAAUAUUCUCCAAAACCCCAAUGAUGCUCGUGCUCGUUCUGAUGUUAAACUAAUGAGCGUGGUUGUCAACUUCCUGUCCACGCUAGUCUCUGAUGAAUCAAAUGGCAGUAUCAAGCGUAUGCUUGGUCUUUGCGGCGAGUUCGAGAGAAUCGCCAAAGUGGUUUUGGAUAAAGCCGAAAAAGAGUCUCAUUCGCGAAAGAAACGCAAGAAUGCAGAUGACUCUGCAAACGCAGCCGAUCAACAGCCGGCAACUGCGACAUUUGCUAAGCGUGCACAAGCACCGCCUCCCUCUGCACCCUUCUCUCCAUCUGCGUUCACAAAUCCUACGGCGACAGCCCCCUCGCCUGACACAGGAAGACCAUAUAUGGGUACUACAAUGCCUUCAACAAGGGGCAUGCCUACUGAGAUCCCAGGCAAUCUUCAUGCCAUGCCUGGGAUUGGGCAUGAUUUCUCCGACAUGCUGAGUCCUGACCCAAUGGCUAAUGUUGGAUUCCCCGACCAAUCCCAAUUCAAUACUGCCAGCCCCGGCAUGGCACCCUUCCAGCAGCCAUUUGUCCCACAAGAUCUUUGGCAAAUGCCAAUGACAAUUGAGUGGGAUUGGGCAGACAUGUCCACCAACUAUCCUCCUUUUGAUGGAGCUGGUUCCGGUGUGCCACCUCAUGGACAGUGA